AUGUUGCGUACAGCAGUGAGGCCGCCUCCAGGGGCCGUCCUCCACAACACCUGCCUCCAGGGGCCGUCCUCCAGGGGCCGUCCUCCAGGGGCCGUCCUCCAGGGGCCGUCCUCCACAACACCUGCCUCCAGGGGCCGUCCUCCAGGGGCCGUCCUCCAGGGGCCGUCCUCCACAACACCUGCCUCCAGGGGCCGUCCUCCAGGGGCCGUCCUCCAGGGGCCGUCCCAGGGGCCGUCCUCCAGGGCCGUCCUCCACAACACCUGCCUCCAGGUGCCGUCCUCCAGGGGCCGUCCUCCACAACACCUGCCUCCAGGUGCUGUCCUCCAGGGGCCGUCCUCCAGGGCCAUCCUCCACAACACCUGCCUCCAGGGGCCGUCCUCCAGGGCGUCCCAACACCUGCCUCCAGGUGCCGUCCUCCAGGGGCCGUCCUCCACAACACCUGCCCAGGGGCCGUCCUCCAGGGGCCGUCCUCCACAACACCGUGCCUCCAGGGGCCGUCCUCCAGGGGCCGUCCUCCACAACACCUGCCUCCAGGGCCGUCCUCCAGGGGCUGUCCUCCACAACACCCGCCUCCAGGGGCCGUCCUCCAGGGGCCGUCCCUCCAGGGCCGUCCUCUCCACAACAUCUGCCUCCAGGGGCCGUCCUCCAGGGGCCGUCUCACAACACCUGGCUAACAUCUGUCUAUGA